AUGGUCCUUGAGGCUCUCCUCUACAAGCCGAUCGACCGUGUCACCAGAAGCACCCUGGUCCUUCAUGACCUGCUGAAACAUACUCCUAAGGACCACCCGGACUUCCCGCUGCUGCAGGACGCUCUGAGGAUAUCUCAGAACUUCCUCUCCUCCAUCAACGAGGAGAUCGACCCCCGCAGGACCGCCGUUACCACGCCCAAAGGAGAGGCUCGUCAGCUGGUGAAGGAUGGCUUCCUGGUGGAAGUAUCAGAAAGCUCCAGGAAGCUUCGGCACGUCUUCCUCUUCACCGAUCUGCUGCUCUGUGCCAAGAUGAAGAAGACGUCUGUGGGUCGCCAUCAGCAGUAUGAGUGUAAGUGGUACAUCCCUCUGGCGGACCUGACCUUCCAGACCCUGGAUGACUCUGACUCUUCGCCCAGCAUCCAGGUCCUGCCCGAGCACGAGAUCGAGGAGAUCAAGAUCAAGAUCUCAGUCCUAAAGAGUGAGAUACAGAAAGAGAAGAAAGCACCGAAGGGGCAGAGUCGCGUGGACCGUCUGAGGAAGAAGAUGAAUGAGCAGGAGUCCUGGCUGCUCCUGCACUCUCCUACCAUCCCUUUCCGCGUCCACAACAAACACGGAAAGAGCUAUCAGUUCCUCCUCUCCUCCGAUUACGAGAGGUCAGAGUGGAGGGAAAGCAUCCAGAAACUCCAGAAGAAAGAUCUCCAGACGUGUUUGUUGAGUCCUGUGGAGCUCCAGGUCCUGACCAGCUCCUGUUUCAAACUCAGAACUGUGCACAACAUUCCUGUCACGAGUAACAAAGACGAUGAGGAGACUCCUGGUCUGUACGGCUUCCUGCACGUGAUCGUCCACUCCGCCAAAGGAUUCAAGGACUCAGCCAAUCUAUACUGCACCCUUGAAGUGGACUCGUAUGGAUACUUCGUCAGCAAGGCCAAAACCCGCGUCUUCAGAGACACCAUGGAGCCACAUUGGAACGAAGAGUUUGAGAUUGAGUUGGAGGGCUCCCAGUUCCUGCGGAUCCUGUGCUACGAGAACUGUUACGACAAAAGCCUGCUCAACAAAGACGACAACGAGAUUGUGGACAAGAUCAUGGGAAAGGGGCAAGUCCAGAACUAA